AUGGUGGUGCGGUCUUCUCCUGUGAGUCGCAUUAAAGCGCACGCGGAGGGUGGUUUUGAUGGUGGUAGUGAUGAUACGACGACGAAUGCGCUGUGGAACGCGCUGACCGAGCGAAACGAGAACGAGACGGGACGACGCAUCCAACUGCCACCGAAGAAUUUUGCAAACAACAACAACAACAACAACAACAACAAAAAGAGUUUCGACGAGAAGAAGACAAAGAAGAAAACGAAGGAGAGAGAGGCGAAGAAAGACGGUUUAUCGCUGCGCUCGAUGGCAGUGGUACCCGUGGUGAGGUUUGGUGUGGUUGAGAUUACGACGUCUGCGGAAGAGCGCGUGAAAAUAGUCAACGAUACGAACCGGAAUUGGAAGAUUUGCGAGUAUCGGUUUGAAGGAGAAGAAGACAAAAGCGAAUACGAACUGUUCGGAUUCGCAGGAGGGGUACUCCCGAAGAUUGUAAAGAGAGACGAAGAAAUGACGGUGUCGAUUAAAUGGACGCCGAAAGUUGUCUCGAAGAAAGCGACGGCGGUGGGGGCGUUGAAGCUCGUGUGUAAGACGUGCGCGACGGAGGUGUUUGACGAAGGAGAGGCAAAGACAUUUACGGUGAGAUUGAGAGGGGUGACCGUGGUGAAGAAGGAAGAAGGAACGACGGAGAAGCCGCGAAAACAAGAACGAGAUAAAAUGGAAGCGAUGAUCGAUGAAGGAGAUAGUGAAGAGGAGGACGCGUUUGGCGCGAACAAGGAGAAUGUCAUCGAGGAUGAUGCGUUUGAUGAAGCGUACGAAGGCUUUAAAGGAUUGCCGAGCGCGUACGCGGCGUCAGCUUCGUGGCGAAGACAGUCGAACCAGGAGAAUUUGGCGAAGCACGUGGCCGCUUCGAAAGCUGUUGAACAACACGCGAAGGAGUUGGAACGCGAAGAGCAAGAAGAGCCGCUAACGAUGGCGUCCUUGCGUUUGCUCAACUCCAAGAAUGCAUCAUCAACAAAACCGACAAAAGAAAUAAAAGGAGAAGUAAAAGCAACAUCCUCGUCCGUCACAUCUGAUGGGUUUGAAAGUGCGAGAGAGUUUGCGAGUCAACAAGAAGCCGAGUUCGUGUCCUGGCUGAACCGAACGAUUUCGCCUCGGGAUACCUCCGAAGUAGCGGCGUCGACGUCUCACUCUGUGAAAAUGAAAUCCGAACAGAUGCGAGCGCGCGAGUUUCGAGACGCUCGAGCUGCAUCGCGACGAGUCAUGGCGCAUCUAUACACGCAAGAUGCAGAAGUUGGCGUCAUCAUGCGUGAGGUGGAAUAUAGAAUUGAGAGUAAACUUAUCCGUUUAAAAAGCGACGGCGGUAUUUUCCUUCGCGACUUGCGCAUGAAGCAAGAUUUCAUUAAAACGCUCAGCUCGGUGAAUACAUUUUGGCUUAAACUCGGCGUCGAUGCCGUCUUGGGAGACACCAUGAGAUGGCAACCGCAGAAUCCGAGAGAAUGCGCGAAAGAAUGCUCCGAAAAGUUGUUUCGUUCGCACGAGAUGGAGAUCAAAUACGGAUUAGGCGACGAGUUUCCCGGCCAACCGCCGUUUGCGGAAGGCUACGAAAACGCGUUGAACGACGUCGUGUUGGAAAGAAUCUUGAUGCUCGUCUUGUUACUCGACCGCGCGCAAAACCACAAAGCUCACCCGAAAGCACCGAAACUGUUCAACUUGAAUGCCUCCAUCAAGUCGACGAGAGAAUUAGCGCAAAAGUUGCUCACGGCGUCGUGUUACGGCGAAGGCGACAUUUUGCGCAACUUGAAGAAAGCUGGUUUCAUCGUGCCUUACGAACAAACAGCCGCGAGUGAGUACGACUUCACGGUCACAAACUUAGCCAGCGAUCUCAGAGAUGGUAUUCGACUGUGUAAACUCAUCGAAAUGUUAGCGCCGGACGUUACUUUCGCCUCCAUCGAUAAGAAGACACAAAAAGUGGUCGAACAUCACUCGUUGCUUUCGGAGUGCGCGUUUCCAGUGAAGACGAGAGAGGAUAAAUUGAACAACGUUCGAGUGGCUUUGAAUGCUGCAAAGGAUGUUUUAGGCGUCGCGUUACCUGGCGCAUGGUCGAAAAUCACGCCGUCGGAUAUCGUCGAUGGUCAUCGCGAGGCGACUUGUGGCAUUCUAUGGGCGAUGAUGACGCACGAGCACACGAAAAAUAUGAGCCGCAACUCGCUCGCGGCCCCGAAGAACAUGUUGACGAAAGAAAUUUGCAAGUUCCCGAACGCGAAGAUUCCUACCAGUACGAUUCAAGCUUUAGAACGCGAGAUGCGAAACAACAAAGGCGCUCUCGCGUCUCGUCCGAACGGCAUGCCGAGGUGCAGCCUCGAGGCGCUUCUCUUGACGUGGGCGAAAGCGUGUUGUUCCGAAUUAUCUCUCUCUUCUUCCUACUCGAUCAAAUGUUCCAAUUUAGGAAGCGAUUUUGCCGACGGACGAGUAUUACUCGCCAUCCUUCGCAAAUACGCGCCGGGUCUUACCGGUUCGAGACGUCUUUCGCGAGAAAAUCUCGAAUUGAACCACCCGAUCGAUAUGGACGAGCGCAAACGCGCGAGAGAAAUCGCCGCUAGGAAUUUUUUGCAAGUUGCCGAGUGUUUAAAAGCUAUCGGUGGUGUCCCGAUUCCUGGAUUCGAUGUUCGCUUCCACACGUCAGCUUCGGCGUUACCGUCCUCCGGUAACAGCAGUGGCAGUUUCAAUUUAGAGAAAGAUAUCCCAGUUCCGCAAACCGGCGACGUGGCGACGUACCUCUUGUGUUUGUGUUCGCGAGUGAUUCAGCACGUGGAACGCGUGGAUUCAGCGAAGAAGAUUCAGCGUUGGUGGCGAUUGAAACGUCCAAAUAGACCGAAAGUAGCGGAUGUCGCUCGCAUGUGGUCUCGCGCGCAAACGGUGAUUAGUAAACAUUUAAGAGGUUAUUUCGCGAGGAAAGAGUACGAGCGUUCGUUGGACGCCGUGGUGACGUUUCAAAAAAUGUGCAGAGGACGAGCCGAUCGAAAAAUGCUCCAGAAGAGACAUAAUGCGGCGAUUGUUAUAGAAAAACACGCGCGAGGCUUCGUUGCGAAGAAAGGAUACAAAAGAUUGCGCGAGAAUGUCAUUCGAAUGCAAUCCUUUUACCGCGCGAAAAGAGCGGCGUUGGAAGCAAAUGUCAAGUAUAACUUUGCAAUGGUAAUUCAAGCUUCGGCGAGAGGAUGGCAAGUGAGACGCGCGGUGCGCGUGCAGAAAAAAGCGAUACUUGAUAUUCAGAAAUGUUACCGGGGGUAUUUAGGCCGCAAAAGCGUAGAGGAGAUGAAAGAGGCGAAGAGGAAGGAAGUAGAACGCGUCGAGAUGGAGAAGCGCGAGGAAGAGGAAAAGCGGGAACGGUUGAUUGAAGAAGAGAGGCAACUAGAAGCGCUAGUUUUGGAUACAUCUGCUACUUUAAUUCAAAGUAGGUUUCGAGCAUUCCAGUUACGAAAGGAAUUCGUCCUCAAACGUGCUUACACCGAGAACAUGCAACACAUUUACAGGAUUCAUCGAGAGAGAAGAGCGCUUCGAAAGGCGAAUCGCGAGCGACGAAUGUUGCGAGAAAUUGAAGAGAAGAAUCGAGUGGAAGAGGAGCGAGUCAAAGCUGCAAUCACGAUACAGUGCUAUUACAGAAUGUAUUUCGCGAAAGAGUUGUUGAAGUUCCGCAAAUACCGUCGAGAUAAAAACGCGGCGAUUAAACUGGUCAAGUUCCAGGCGCGCGUUCGAGGUGUUUUAGCGCGCAAAGCUUUCAAAGAGGCGUCGAAAGAGAAUAACCGAAAAUGCCACCUCGCGGCCAUCAGGAUGCAAAGACACAUCCGCGGUUUCUUGUACCGGCAGCAUCACUUACGAAAGCACAUCGAACGGACGAUGAACACUUUGUUCAAAUCUUCCCGCUCUUGCGGUCGUAAAGAUGUCAAAACGUUAGCCGGGAACUAUGCGAAGAUUGCGGAAGUGUGCCAGUCCAAACUCUUUGGUUACCUUGCCAUCGAAGCCUGUUAUUUACGGUGUCCGGAUUCGGUGACUAUCCUCGUAGAAACUCUACAAAUGUGCAGAGAUUACGAGAGCGAGUCAGAUCUCGAAAAUCCGUUCUUGUUGGCGUGCGAUAUCCUCCACACCAUUUGUUCGUACGAAAACGCCAAAUUUUGCGAGUCGAUUAUGCGCUCGCAUCAAUACGCUCGAGACGUCGCCAGAUGUCGUAAAAUUAAAGAUACGACCAUGUAUCUUUCCUUGACGAACGAAAAUCGCGCGAACGUGUUAACUUCGGCUAUUAAGAAGAAGAAUGUAGUUGUUGGAAACGAUGAAGACGAAGUCAACGACGAAGACGCGAUGAUCUUGAACGAGUUGCGAGCGUCCGCCGAGCAGUGCAAGAAACACGCGGAAAGAUUGAACGGAGUGUUGGAGUGUUUAAGAGACGCGCAACCGUCGAUUUGGAAGUAUGCGCAAACGCCAAAGAAGAAGAGAAGAAGCGUCUGGGACUCGCAUCAGCAUCAACAGCAAGCUACCCUUCCGCAAACGUCGUCGCCGCAAAAAGCCUCGCCGCAAAAGAAACCUAUUAGUAUUGGCCACGUGAUGAAAUCACCAACGUCGAAGAAAAAAAUAGUUUCCAUCGCUUCACCUCCGGUGCGCCAUUCACCGCGCUUGUUAGAGCUCAAAGAGAAAAAGAAGAUGGCGUAA